UGGCGGGAUAUUUCAAACAUUCUUCAAAAUUUCAGUUUACCACUCAUACCUCAGCAGGCAGGAAUAAAGAGAAGAGAAUACCUAGAAUAAUUUACCCUUCACCAACGUUUCAAAUAUCUUCGAGAGACCACUAAGCGGUGGUUAUUUUCACUAGGUGGAGAUAUACAUAUAAGAGUUAUUCUCUUCUGUCGCCCCCCGAUAUCAACUCUUUGUUACUCCUGGAAGAAGAUGGUGGAGAAAAGAGUUAACGGUGAAGGUGAAGGACAAGAAGUUAAAAUCAAGGAGGUUCAAGAAAAGCUAAUGGAUACUGAAAAUCAAGUAGAAAUCCAAGAAAUUAUCUAUAGUACUACAAGAUUGGAAGUUUUGAAGAGGGGUCAAGGAAAGAGAAGCAAUAAUGACGAGAGUGAAGCUGGUAUGGUUAAAGAUACGGAAGAGGAAGGUAAAGGAAUUGGUUUCCUGGCGGCGGAAAAUGGAAGCGCAGAGGAAAAGAAGCCCAAGACAAGGGGAAUGAAAGAAAAUGGGGUUUUAGUUCCCGAUGAAAAUAAUCCUGAAGGGGAAAAUGAAGAAGAAAAAAUAUUAUAUUUGCAUGAGGAAGAAACCAAUGGAGAUAAUGAUAAAGAAAAUGUCGAUUCUGGUGAAGGAGAUUUGAAGGUCUGGAGAUCAUGUCAAAAGGCAAAGGAGAAGAUCGGGGAACUCUGGGAAGAAAUCAAUAAUCCAGUAGCAGUCGGCGAGGAUGAGGUUCCCAGGGAAAGAAAGAGAAGAAAAGGUUCUAAGAAGAACAACAAAGCUAAAACUGACGAGGAUGGUGGAACUGGGGGAGAUCAAUUUCAGGUUGAAGAGAAAAAUGGAAACGAAGAAAAGAAGAGAAGGAAAAAGAGGUCCAAAGACGAAGAUGGAGAGAAAGCAGAGGAGUCAAAGAUGUGCAAAGAAACACAAUACUCACUUAUAUCCAAGAAGGUUAAAGAAGAGAAAUUACCCAUGGUGAAAGAAGGAAAAGUACCAAAGCGGAAAUGUCCACAAAGGAAAGAUGCGAACGGUAAUGUGAUUGUGUCAAAUAUGUGUCACCAGUGUCAGAGGAACGAUAAAGGAAGGGUUGUUCGGUGCACAAAAUGUGAAACCAAGCGAUAUUGUGUUCCCUGUAUGGUUAGAUGGUACCCGAAGAUGUCAGAAGAAACAUUUGCUAAAGAAUGUCCAGUUUGUCUUAAGAAUUGCAACUGCAAAUCAUGCUUACGAAUGGAUGAACCAAUUAAUACUGUGGAGACAUUAGCAGUGGAAAUUACAGAUGAUCAGAAGGUUCAAUACUCUACUUAUGUUGCGAAAGUGCUACUACCCUUUCUGAAACAAUUUAAUGCAGAACAAAUGAUGGAGAUGGAGAUGGAGGCUAAGCAUCAAGGGUUGUCAGUUUCAGAUGUAAGGCUUGAAAGAGCAAAAUGCAAGCAGAAUGAACGAAUUUAUUGCGACAAUUGCAGAACUUCUAUUUUUGAUUAUCAUCGAAACUGUCUGCUGUGCUCCUAUGACCUCUGCCUUAGGUGUUGCAGAGAACUUAGGGACGGCCACCUGCAGGGAGGUGAUGAAGAAGUGAUUCUGCAAUUUGUUGACUAUGGAUAUGAUUACUUGCAUGGUGGCAAGAAGAAGACACACCGGAUACCAAAGAGAGGCUGCUCAGCAAAAAAGGUCGAUUCAUCGACCAAAAAUAGAACUUCCAAUUUCCAUCCUGAACUUAAAUGUCCAUCUGAAUGGAAUUCCAAGGAAAAUGGUGUCAUUCCUUGUCCACCAGAAGACAAGGGUGGUUGUGGUCAAGGAGUUUUAGGAUUGAAACGUUUAUUACCGCCGAAUUGGAUAGCAGAGUUGGUUGUAAAAGCAGAAGAGAUAAUUAACAAAUAUCGGGUUGGGGAUGUGCCUGAAGAUUCAGGGCAGUGGCAUUCUUAUUCUAGAUUUACGUGGAAAAACAAUGUAGGCAGUAGAAAUCUGCGUAAAGCAGCUUCUCGAGAAAAUUCUAAUGACAAUUAUUUGUAUUGUCCAACUGCUGUUGGCCUUCAGCAUGGGCAUCUGAGGCAUUUCCAAAGGCAUUGGUUUAGAGGAGAGCCUGUAAUAGUUAGCAAUGUGCUUGACGAUACACUUGGUAUCAGUUGGGAACCAAUGGUUAUGUGGCGUGCUUUCCGCCAGAUAAAAAAUGGUGGGCAUAGUCAACUUCUUGAUGUGACUGCUAUAAAUUGCUUGGAUUGGUGUCAGACAGAUGUCAAUGUUCAUCAGUUUUUUAAAGGGUAUUCAGAGGGUCAAUUUGACAAGUCUGGGUGGCCUCAGAUUUUGAAGUUGAAAGACUGGCCUCCAUCCACUUUCUUUGAGAAGCAGUUGCCGCGUCAUGGUGCUGAGUUCAUUAAUUGCUUGCCUUUCAAGGAGUAUACACAUCCUCGCAGUGGAUACUUAAAUCUUGCUGUAAAAUUACCCAAAAAGUCUCUGAAGCCAGAUAUGGGGCCAAAGACUUACAUAGCUUAUGGAUUUUGUGAGGAGCUAGGACGUGGAGACUCAGUAACAAAGCUUCAUUGUGAUAUGUCUGAUGCAGUGAAUGUGUUAACACACACUGAAACAGUGCCCAUACCAUCUUCUCAACUUUCAACCAUAAUUAAGUUGAAACAGGAUCAUGCUGCCCAGGAUCAGCGGGAGUUUUCCAGAAAUUGUCAGAAAGUAAGUCAAAUCGCUCAAGUUGAAAUGGGACUAUCCAAGAUUGAUGCACAAGGUUCACUGCAGAUGUUGGAAACAGGUGGUACUGGCUUGGAAAAAGAAACCAAAGAUUUAAAGGUAUCUGAUCUAGUGAAUGGGAACAUGUUUAACUCAGAGGCUGAGUUAGAGGGAGGCUUGCAUAUUGUAAACAAUUGUGUGGAAGAGCAAGUACCUGGUAGAGAGGGAAAAAUUAAAGAACAUGAUUCGGCUAUGCCAUCAGAAGUCAAAGUUGCUGAAAAUGACACUGAAGUCAAUGGAAAUAAAAAGAAGCGCCCUGGAAGGAAUAAGAGUAAGAAAUCGCCCAGUGUUUUAGGAAUGACAAAUGAAACAGGAGAUAGAAAAGUUAGCGGUUGUGAGAGAGUAAGCAGUUUUACCGCCGAAGAAGGUAAUAAGACUUCGUUUGAAGGGAUUGAAGAUGAUGACUGUGGUGCUCUUUGGGAUAUCUUUAGAAGGCAAGAUACCCCUAAACUAGAGGAAUAUAUCAAGAAGCACGUGAAGGAAUUCAGGCAUAUCUAUUGUAACCAGCUGCAGAAGGUUUUCCACCCAAUCCAUGAUCAAACAGUUUACUUGACUAUGGAGCAUAAAAGGAGGCUUAAGGAGGAAUAUGGAAUUGAACCGUGGACUUUUGUUCAGAAAUUAGGGGAUGCAGUUUUUAUACCCGCUGGCUGCCCUCAUCAAGUUAGAAAUUUGAAGGUGGCAAUGGACUUUGUAUCCCCUGAAAAUGUUCACGAGUGCGUCCGUUUGACUGAAGAAUUUCGCAAGCUUCCUAAAAAUCAUAUGGCUAAGGAAGAUAAGCUCGAGGUGAAGAAAAUGAUUGUCCAUGCAUUGAACCAAGCUGUGAAGGAUGUGGAGAAAUUUUCUAAAGAUCCGCGACUUAGAGGUAACUUUGUUCCUUUAUAAGUUAUAGAUUGCUCUGAUAACUUAUUCUGAGUUUUUGGAGUGUUUUAGGGGUUUGAUGUCACUCUCGUUCGUGUGUACCGGCAUCUCAGCAAUACUUUUUGUGGAAAAAUGGCAUUUCAAUUCUAAUAUGCAAGUAUGCAUCUGUCGUGUCUUUUGCGUAAUUAUCUGGAAACAUUAGAAGUGAAUUGUGCUUGCUGAUCACAUUUUGUUUUUUGUAGUAUGGUCAGCUAAGCUGAUAUAUUUUGCUGAUUGUACUUGAUAUAACUUGGUUAAAUUAUAUGGGGAAAAUUUUGCAUUUACAUAAUUUUUGUUCACAGAAUUUGGCCAGAACCCU